AUGAAACAGAGAUUGAGUUCGUUAGAUUUGCAACUGAUAUCCAAAGAGUUGGAGAAUCAAAUUGUAGGAUUUCGCUUAAGAAAUAUCUAUAACAUUGCUGACUCAAACAGGCAAUUCUUAUUAAAGUUUGGAAAACCCGAUUCCAAGUUAAACGUUGUCAUUGAUUGCGGAUUGCGAGUUCAUACUACUGACUUUACCAGGCCGAUUCCCCCGACUCCUUCGUGGUUUGUUUCCAAAUUGAGAUCGUAUUUGAAAGAAAAACGAUUGACGGCAGUUAAGCAGAUCCCAAAUGACAGAAUAAUUGUGUUUACUUUUGCUGAUGGUAAGUACUACCUUGUUUUAGAAUUUUUCAGUGCCGGAAAUGUGCUUUUAUUGGAUGCUGACCAAAAAAUUCUUUUACUACAGAGAGUUGUCGAUGAUUAUUCGAUGAAAGUUGGUGAAUUUUAUGACAUGGCCAACUUUGCAGAAAUUAACCAAACUUCAACUACGGUUCCUGAUCCUAAGGAAUAUUUCGAAAAUGAAAUAGCAGAUUGGUUGAAAGAAGCCGACGUUAAAGCCAAAAGCACAAUUGUGCCCGGAGAGGCUAAAAAAGGUAAACUCAAGGGAAAAGCAUCUGUUCCGUCUAUUCAAAAACUUUUAUUUGUUCAUGCUCCACAUUUAUCAAGUGAUUUGAUUCAAAACUCGUUGAAAGCUAUUGGUAUUGAUCCAUCUUCUUCGUGUCUUGAGUUUAAACACAAUGUCUCUGUGCUUGUUGACUUAAUGUCCUCAUUAGAAGUUCAAGCAAAUAAAUUGAUCUCGACUACGUCAACAAGAAUAGGUUAUAUAGUGGCUCAUAAGAACAAACUGUACGAUCCUUUAAGAGACAAGCCGGAACUUGAAUACACUUUUUCAAAUUUCCAUCCCUUCAAACCCUUUGUAGGAGAUUCCACUGACGUCAAAAUUAUCGAAAUCGGCGGAAUGUACAAUAAUACCGUAGACACAUUCUUUUCUACAAUAGAAUCAAACAAAUAUGCUAGCCGUAUCCAAAAUCAGGAUUUCCAGGCUCAAAAAAAAUUGGAUGAGGCAAAGAAUAACAAUGAAACUAUUAUAAAAUCGUUAUUACAUGCACAACAAACUAACGAAGAAAAAGGAAACAUUUUGAUAGCUAAUGCAAAUUUAGUAGAAGAGGCCAAGAAUGCAGUUAAAAGCUUAUUGGACCAACAAAUGGACUGGCAAAGUAUGGAAACUUUAAUAGCAAACGAGCAGCGGAAAGGCAACAAGAUUGCUCGGAUCAUUAAGCUGCCAAUGGAUUUACCAAAUAAUAAAAUUACCAUUGAAUUACCAAAAGAUGGGUACAGCGAGGAUGAUUCUACUGAACAUCAUCAGUCAGAAGCUGAUUAUUCAUCAAACGAAAGUGAUGUUAACCAAUCAGAUUCCUCUGUCUCAUCGGAUUAUUCUGAUUCUGAUUUUGAAGAACUAACUUCAUCCAAAAGUAAACAGCAAAGUAGAAGAAAAUCCAAGAUAACAUCAGAGAAACGGGAAACUGUUCUGCUGACAGUCGAUUUAUCUUUAUCGGCAUUUGCAAACGCCUCCAGUUAUUUCAACGCCAAAAAGGCGACAUCAGAGAAACAAAAAAAAGUUGAGAAGAAUGCUGAAAAGGCUUUAAAAAGUAUCCAGCAAAAGAUCGAAAAAGAUCUACAAAAGAAGUCAAAGGAAUCUCAUGAUAUCUUGAAAGCAAUUAGAACUCCAUAUUUUUUCGAAAAAUAUUACUGGUUUAUUUCUAGCGAAAGUUUUCUCGUACUGAUGGGUAAGAGUCCCGUCGAAACUGAUCAACUUUAUGCAAAGUAUGUUAAUGACGAUGACAUUAUGGUCACCAAUGCAUUUGACGUGAAGGCUUGGAUUUUGAACCCUCAGAAGACUGAAGUACCACCAAACACACUAAUGCAAGCUGGUACUUUUGCAAAUUCUGCAAGUGAUGCAUGGUCAAAAAAGAUUGCAUCCUCUCCUUGGUGGUGUUUCGCUAAAAAUGUAACGAAAUUUGACGACAUUGAUGGCAGUGUUCUUCCAGUUGGAUCAUUUAGAAUGAAACAACCUAAAGCUAAAAACAUGUUGCCACCAGCACAAUUAGUGAUGGGAUUAGGACUUGUGUGGAAAGUAAAGACAGAGGAUAGCGAGGAAAAAGAGGGUGAGUAUGAACAAAAUAGUGACUUAGAAGCAUCUGACGAUGAUACAAGUCAUACUUCUCAGCCGGAAACAAACCCAGUCGACCAAAUUGAUAAUAAUGUAAACGUUAUUUCAAAAGAAAUUAAUGAUCUAGGGUUCGAUGUCAACAAUUUCGAUGAAGUGGCUUUAGCAGGAGAAGAGGCCACUGAUGGGUACGAGAAACUCUCAAAUAGUGAUUUAUCCAAAGGUGAAGAGGAUUUUGAUGAGAGUAAGACUAUAGCUACUUCAAUUGUUGAAAAUAUGAAUACAGCGGUUCGUGGUAAGAGAGGGAAAUUGAAAAAAAUCCAAAAGAAGUACUUUGACCAAGAUGAAGAAGAAAGAUUAUUGAGACUAGAAGCACUUGGAACAUUAAAAGGUAUUGAAAGAGAGAAGCAAAAAAAACUUGAAGAGAUGGAAAGAGCCGAAAAGAGGGAGUUUAAAAAGCGGAUACGUAAAAACCAAGAGCAAACUCGCAUCUUGCAGUUUAACAAAUCAGAAAAGGUCGAAGUUGAUAUUCCAAAAUUUUUGAAUCAAUUGAAAACCGGUAUUUCCAAAGAUGAUAAAAUAGCUGACGUUAUCCCUGUCUAUGCCCCCUGGGCUGCUUUAACUAAAAAUAAGUAUAAAGUCAAAAUACAGCCUGGCACUGCAAAGAAGAGCAAAUCUAUUAAUGAAACUCUACAUUACUUCUUGAAUAGAACUGUCGACAGUUCGGAGUACGAUAAAGACUUAGAUUGGCCAAGAGAACAUGAAACAAUAAAGCUAAUCAAAACUUUGGAUGUCGUUCCUAUUAUUUGUUCUGAUAAAUUGAAGAUUUCCAUCCCAGGUGGAAACGACAAAGCAUCCUCAGGCAGAUCACAUAAAUCAAAGCAAUCAAUGGCGAAAGGUAAGAAGUCUAAAAAAUGA